AUGGUCGGGAUCCCCCACUCGUGGCAGGGAGGCGUCGCGCGCGACGUGCUCGCCAACUGGAUCACUGCCCUCGAGGCCUUGCGACUCGCGCCUUGGGGCCGUCCCAUUCUUCGGCGGCAUCGUCGCCACGCGCACUCGGAAUCGCAAAGGCCGUCGAGGUGCGCAUCCCUCAGGACGUUCGCCCGGCUGCGUCUCCCUCAUCCUGAUCUCGCGCGACAGCAGUCGGGAGCGAACACAGACGCGUUCGACUCUGUCGCUGAGCGCGCGACCGCCCUCAUCGAUCACGUUCGGAAGGAGACACUGGACCGGAACGGUGGGAUGGUCAGCACGGACAUGGAGAGGAUCCUGCAGGAGCUAGAAAGCGCUCUGAACAAGGUGCAAAACACAGUCAAGCAAGAGCUGGAGAUGGGGCGCACCAAUCGUCUUCGACGGAAACACCUUCAGGGGAAGGCGCAGGAAUGCCUCCAGAAGCUGGAAGGUGCUUGGCACUCGUUUGACACCGCGAUCUUGGUGCAACUUGAGCGCCGGGGUGAAUCGCUUCAAGGCCUGCAGGGUGAAUCACUUCAAGGCCAAGUUGAAUCUCUCGGGCGCCAGGUUGAAUCGCUCAAGGGCCAGGUUGAAUCUCUUAAGGGCCAGUUGAAUCGCAAGCUUUGA